AUGACGCAGCUUUUCGCUUCAAGCCCGUCCUCGGUGACGAAUGAGAAACGUGGAAACUUUCCCAGUUUGUCUCUAGCCUCGAAGAAACACAAUCAUGAAUCGAGCCAUCUCCCGACACGCAUUAAGAAUUUCUUCCGCAUCAACAGUUCGAGCAGCAAUUCGUCUCAUACUAGCCAUCACUCCGGCAGUGAUCGAGACAGAGACGCCAGUCUGUUGUCUAGCGGUCUCAAAUCGGAAUCGAAGUCGACGUUUAGACAAUCUCGCUUUCUGCCCACCAUCGGUCGCAAUCGCUCGACCACAGUCGCAAGUGAAGGAAACCCGCUCGAUGAGGGCGUCUCCCCGACUGCUACGGCCAAUCCAUAUUUUGUUCAUCAGGGACAGCCUUCCCUGCAGCAUCGCAAUGACGUAUCCGUGCCAUCCUCUCCUCCAGGCACCCCCGAACUGCAAGUGGAUGGGGUCUCCGCCGCGGAACAAGCAACCACGGCCAACAAGGAGGAAUUGGCGCGCAAACUUCGUCGGGUUGCGUCAGCCCCGAAUGCGCAGGGGCUUUUCGCCCAGGGCCAAUCCGACGGGCGUCCUCAGACGGCCGAACUUGGAAAGGAGCCUUUGCUCGAACAAUCUGACGCCACACAAUCUCUCAUCGGUCUAGUGGAAUCUGAAGCGCAGGACGCCGACACACUUGCUGUGCCCAAUCUGGGCCCUGGAAGUAAGAUUCCGAGCCCUGGCCAGAUUCGCAAUUCAGUAGCCUUUCGCAGGACUUAUAGCUCGAACUCGAUCAAGGUUCGCAACGUGGAGGUGGGCCCCAGUAGCUUCGACAAGAUCAAAUUGAUUGGCAAGGGUGAUGUGGGCAAGGUUUACCUUGUACGGGAGAAGAAGUCAAGCCGCCUUUAUGCUAUGAAGGUCUUGAGCAAGAAGGAAAUGAUUAAGCGAAAUAAAAUCAAACGAGCGUUGGCCGAGCAGGAGAUUCUUGCCACCAGCAAUCACCCGUUUAUCGUGACCCUUUAUCAUUCAUUUCAAUCUGAGGACUAUCUCUACCUAUGCAUGGAAUAUUGCAGUGGUGGUGAAUUCUUCCGAGCGCUUCAAACGCGCCCGGGGAAAUGCAUUUCCGAAGACGCGGCUCGAUUCUAUGCGGCGGAAGUAACUGCUGCUCUGGAAUACCUUCAUCUGAUGGGUUUCAUCUAUCGUGAUCUCAAACCAGAAAACAUCCUUCUUCAUCAGUCUGGUCACAUCAUGUUGUCGGAUUUCGACCUGUCCAAGCAGUCUGGACCCGGCGGUGCCCCUACCAUGAUUCCAGCACGCAGCGGCAAUUCCGCGACUUCGUUUCCCACCAUUGACACCAAAUCCUGUAUUGCCGAUUUUAGAACCAACUCUUUCGUCGGCACCGAGGAGUACAUCGCUCCGGAGGUCAUCCAGGGCUGUGGACAUACCAGUGCUGUCGAUUGGUGGACUUUGGGUAUCUUGAUAUACGAGAUGCUCUACGGAACUACACCCUUCAAGGGCAAGAACAGGAAUGCGACAUUUGGAAACAUCUUGAGAGAUGAAGUGCAAUUCCCGGAACAUGCGGGGGUGCAACAGAUUUCGAAUCUAUGCAAGUCUCUGAUUCGCAAGCUGUUAAUCAAAGAUGAGACCAAGCGUCUCGGUGCUCGAGCUGGGGCUUCGGAUGUGAAGACUCAUCCUUUCUUCCGGCAGACGCAAUGGGCACUCAUUCGCCAUAUGAAACCGCCUAUGAUCCCACAUCAGAGUCGCGGCACUGAAACAUUGAACUUCCGCAAUGUGAAAGAGAGUGCAAGCGUCGAUAUUGGCAGGACUUCAAAGGCCAAGGGGGUUCCAUUAGAAUCCGGCCUUGCCACACCUAAUGGAGAAUUGACCGAUCCUUUCGAAGAGUUCAACAGCGUCACACUCCACCACGAUGGAGACUUCUAA